AUGCCGAGCAAAGUCCGCCGUCGCCGCUCAUUAGAGGAUGGUGAUCCUUUUGCACUCAUUCUUGCACCACCGGAAGGCGAAACUCCCGAGCAACGAGAUGUUCGCUUGCUCUUGGAGAAAGAGGCCAAGCAAAUUUCGGACGCGAUCGACGAGCAGCUCUCUAGAGAGCGUCAACAAGACAAGAAAGGCACUAAACCAGUGAAAGUUCUGCUGCUUGGUCAGAGUGAAUCUGGCAAGAGUACAACGCUCAAAAACUUUCAGCUCAUGUAUGAUCCCAAGGCUUUCCAUGCGGAACGUGCUUCCUGGAGAACUGUCAUUGAACUAAAUGUUGUUCGGUCGAUUCAUGUUAUCUUAGAGGUCAUCACUCGGGCUGAAAGACUAACGCAAGACGAUAGUUCCGAUCCCCUUGUUGACCAAGAGCUGCUCGCUCUCAAAAGACGACUCUCUCCUCUCAUCCAUGUCGAAGAGGUGUUGAUGCAACGGUUGAUGCCAUCGGGCUCCGACCAGUCCGAUGCUGCUCGUCUCGCGCAAAUAGCACAAAUUCCUUACACACACAAACCAGGAGGGGUCAAAGGAGAAGUUACCAUCAAUUCUACGACACAGUGGAAGGACCUCUUCUCUCGUGAUAAGUAUAACGAGGAAUCCGCCGAGCGGGAUGCCACCGGUGUUUUGCUUCAUACUCAUGCAAAUGACCUCAAAACUCUUUGGGGCAGCUCAAAAGUGCAGUCGCUGUUGAUUCAACAGAAUAUACGUCUCCAAGAGGCGGCAGGAUUCUUCUUGGAUUGUUUGGAUGAGGUCACGUCAUUGGACUAUAUACCCUCCGACGAUCACAUCCUUCGUGCCCGUUUGAAGACGCUCGGUGUAUCGGAGCACAGAAUCAAAAUGACAUCAGGUGGAAUGACCGGGAGCAUCAGUCGUGAUUGGCGAAUCUACGAUGUCGGUGGCCAUCGCUCUUUAGUGAUGGCGUAUCCCGAUCGUAUUCAAGGUGACAUUGGGCGAUCAACAGCGGCAUGGGCACCGUACUUCGACGAUAUGCAUUCCAUCAUCUUUCUUUGUCCGAUAUCUGCUUUCGACCAAGUUCUUGCAGAAGAACCCCGGGUCAAUCGUUUGGCGGACUCGGUGAACUUGUGGACAACCAUAGUGUCGAAUAAGCUUCUGGCAAAAACCAACAUCAUCCUGUUUUUAAACAAAACAGACAUCAUGAAAAGCAAACUGGAAUCUGGUAUCAGAUUCGUUGAUUACGUUAAUUCCUACGGGAAACGGCCAAACGAUUUCGAAAGUGCGUCUAGUUACUUGCGCAAGAAAUUUGGAGGGCUUUUCAAAGAAAAGUCGCCCUCACCGCGCGUUUUCUAUUGUCAUCUGACCACUGUUACGGACCGCAAGUCCACACAGUUGAUCUUGGCUAACAUAAAAGAUCAACUGAUGCAGCGCUAUCUAGAAGAUGCUUCGUUACUUGCUUAA